AUGUCAGAGGUGUUACAAUAUCCUAAUACCACCGUUCAAGUUCGACGAAGUGUGCAAGCAAACAUAGCAGUUCUUUGUUGGUACAGUAAUCAGUUUCUGCAACUUAGUGGACAAGUAGCAGGUGGUGAUUUAAGUGUAAAUAAUCAAUCUAUUAAAUGGCAAGAUCUCGAGAACGCUUUUUCCAACAACAUUAAGACAGGAUCGAUAAUCAACCGAUCUCACACUGACUUGAGAGAUUUUUUGAAUGUUUCUAGAGACAUUGUCCUGGAUAAAAUCCAAGAAAUGCUGGAAAACGUUGCAGGUGUUAAAGUAAACGUUGAACUAUUUUGCAAAUUCAGGAAAAAUACAUCAGUCGAAGAAGAAGUCAAAUCAUUCAAUACCAAAAGUCGGGCGAUUUUACCUGCAACAUCUUUAAGUGAAUGGUAUACAGACUUUGUAUACGAAAAAAUGUUAAACAAGGUGGAAGAAUUUAAUCAAAAAGAUUCAGGGUGGAGUUUGACGGAGAUUACCAAUCUGGUGGUAACAAUGUCAAAAUACACACCUCUGCAAGGAGGGACUUCAACGUUUGUGAGGCUUCCUCGAGAUAUCCAGAUGAAACGAGCUGUUCUCAACAUAGAAAAUUUCGAUGAGUACUGUUUUCUAUGGAGCGUCGUUGCUGCGAUUCAUCUUCCUAACACUGGACAUCCUGAGAGAACAUCGGCGUAUCCUCAUUAUAGUGCUGUCCUAGAAUAUACAGAUAUUAAAUUUCCUAUGACACUUGAGCAAAUCCCACAGUUUGAAAGAUUAAAUGAUUUAACAAUAAAUGUAUAUGAUCUUUCACGAUUAGUUAAAAGUCAGAUAUCAGCUUCGAAAAGCAAAUUAUUUUUUUGUGAUCGAUGCUUAAAUAAUUUCAAACUGGAAAAAUCGUUUGAAGAUCAUAAAAAAGACUGCUUCGCAUUAAAUAAAGUUCACAUGACGUUUCCGACUGAAGAAAAUAAAAUUUUAAAGUUUAAAAAUUACCAGUAUGAAGAUAUCGUACCAUUUGUUGUCUAUGCAGACCUAGAAUGUACACUUGAACCUCAAGAAAAAGAUAAUUCUGACAAACAUAUACCACAUAGUAUCGCAUUUUAUCGUUUUUGUAGUUAUAAUAACAAUUUAUCUAAAUUUGAACUGAAUCGAUCACAAACCUGCAUCGAGUGGUUUGUAAAAAAAUUAGAAUGUUUAGCAUUAGAAGUCGAAUCAUACUUAAAAAAUCCUGUUGCUAUGAAACCUCUGUCGAGACAACAAAAAGAGAUUCAUGAGCAAGCAACUGUUUGUCAUAUUUGUGAAAGGUCUAUAACUUCUGCUACAGAUAAAUGCUACGAUCACUGUCAUUUUACUGGUAACUAUCGCGGUCCAGCUCACUUAUCUUGUAAUAUAAAUUAUAGAAAAUCUCACACUAUACCAAUAGUAUUUCAUAGUUUAUCUGGUUACGAUUCUCAUUUUAUAAUAAAAUCUUUAUCAACUGUUUUCGAGGGUAAAAUUACAUUAUUACCAAUUAAUAAAGAACGUUAUAUAUCUUUUACAAAGUAUGUUGAAAAUACAUCAGUUUGCUUACGUUUUAUAGAUUCAUUCAGAUUUAUGGCUUCUAGUCUUGACAAAUUAGCAUCUAAUCUGAAUGAUUGUGAUAAACAGAUUACUCAACAACAUUACAGUGAUCCUGAAAAAUUUAAAUUAGUUACUCGAAAGGGUGUAAUCCCAUACGAGUACGUAACUGAUAUUGACAAACUUAAUGACAAACAGCUGCCUGAUCAGGACUCAUUUUAUUCUAAAUUAUCGAACGAAGGUGUAUCUGAUAAUGAUUAUGCUCUUGCUCAAUUAGUGUGGAAUAAAUUUGAUAUUAAAACAUUGGGGGAAUAUUCAGAUUUAUAUUUAAAAACAGAUGUACUACUUUUAGCUGACAUAUUUCAAAAUUUCAGACAUAAUUGUAUGGCUACCUAUAGCUUAGAUCCUUUACAUUACUAUACAGCGCCGGGACUUGCUUUCGAUGCGAUGUUGAAAUAUACAAAUGUUGAACUCGAGUUAUUUACCGAUUCUGAAAUGAUGCUAUUUGUUGAAAAAGGUAUCAGAGGUGGUGUAUCUCAGUGUACAAAUAGGUAUGCAGUGGCCAAUAAUCGUUACAUGGGAUCCAGCAUUAAUCCUAAUAAAGCUGAAUCCUAUUUAAUGUAUUAUGAUGUGAAUAAUUUGUAUGGUGCUGCUAUGAGUAUGCCGCUACCAAAAGGUUCAUUUGAUAACGUAGAUAACGUAGAUAACGUAGAUCAAUUUUUAAACGACAUCGAUAGCGUUGGCUAUGUAUUAGAAGUUGAUCUACAUUAUCCUCAGGAAUUGCAUGAUCUACAUAAAGAUUUACCACUAUGUCCUGAACAUUUUUCACCACCGGGUAGCAAGUAUACUAAAUUAUCGACAACUUUAUAUGAUAAAAAAAUUAUGUUAUACAUUAUAAGAAUUUAG